CUUGAGUAAGCUAACGUUAGCUAGCACAAGGACGAGGAGAAAACAGCAUCUUUGCAUUCAAGCGCUUCUCGGGGAACGUCAAUAAGCGGCAUGUCUUUGUUUUAAAAUAACAACCAAAAAGGAGAUUAUUGUUCAACAGUUAAAUCAUUUGGGCACGAGAACGAAACAUGCUCCGGACUAUGACGCUUGUUUUUUUCCUUGCCUAGUCGAGGAUUGUGAUGCGAGGUGCUCUGGUGAGACCGCGAACGACAUUCGGAAAUUAUUUUUCUUGAAAUAGAAUGAUUGACUCGAAAACAAAGCAUUUGGGUUUACCGAAAGGUGCAUAAAACUACACCGGUCUAGAUGUCAUUGUUGGGCAACUACUUUAGCUAGCUUCAUGCACAUGAAAUAGUAUUUUGCUAACGUAAUGGAGGCACCGUGGGUACAGUUUUAGCUAGCUGGUCACCCAAAAUAUAGCUAUAACGUUAGCUAGCUUCCACAUCCACUUUUAGAGUGUCCUGACCAACAAAAGACAGAAUACUGUAACAUAAAACGGCUAUCUAUGCACUUUGUUGAUAUCUAUCGUGGUUACCUAGCGUUAAGUUAGCUAGCCAAACAAGUAAACUAGGUUGAGACUAGCAGCAGAAUACAUUCUUUCUUGGUUAGGAGGAUUUGUCACGGUCGUUUGACACGAGGUGUUGCCUUUACCUCUUGGUAAUUUCACAACAAUUUACCGUUCCUGGACAUGUGAUAUGGUCAAUUUAUCAAAGGUUUUCUGAAAUUACAAUUUCAGGCUAUAAAUAUUCUGAACUUCAGGCACGCAUCACGUGUCAAACAGUUACAUUUGCUUGCUUGAAAGUUGUCAAUAAUAUGCGAAAUUAUCUAUUGAAAUAGUUGUGUGUGUGGGCACAAAUAGCUGUUUUGUCAAUCAAUUACGUUAACACUCAAAAAGCACUUAUAUUGUCAUUGACAAAGUUGUAAACAUUCUUGAUGAAAGUACUUAUUUGACAAAUUAUGUUAGCUAUUGAAGAAUCAAAGACCAGCAUUCAAAGGCUAGACUGACAUCUACUCAGAAGGCAUCACUUGAAAUAUCUUGUGUCAAGUACAGAGUUCUCGAAUCCAGUCAAUUGCCAACACUAUCUUCCUGGAAAUGAAAAUAUGAAUGUCGAGGAGCAAGCUCUAGAUUUGUGCAAUGUCAAAAUGAAGAAUAAUGUUGGUGACAAUACUACCAAUAACUCGCAAGAGAUCCUACCCCGGCUCUCGGAACUGAUGGAUGGAGAUUUGUGUAAGCAAGACAUUGGCAACGAGGCUGCCAACACGUCCUCUCUAGCCAAGCUCACAGACAACCCACGAAGGGAGGACAACCACCGGUCAAAAGAGACACUAGAAAUCGACGAAGUGAAUGGGAAUAAGAACAACAGCGUCCCAGAUACCCCUGCAAUAGUCAGUUCUGACUUUGAGGUUUAUCAUGACGACCAACGCCAAGAAGAGAGAAUCAAGGAUACAACACCAUUGGCCCUUAUGUUUGCUAUUGAGGAAGGGGAUGAUGGUGGGGAUAUGGACAUUGGUGUGGAUUUGAGUCUGGAUGAAAGUGGCAUCUUGGAGUCAGAACCUACUGACCAGGGACCAUCCCUAGCAGAGGAGACAUCAUCAAGCAGUACCAAUGCAGAUUCAUCAACUCCAGACGCUGUCACCGACAAGGAACCUGAGAAACCCUCAGAACAGGAGGACUCUCCACCUGUCACUGCCCCGGGAGAGGUCCUCUCUCCAGCCCUGGAUGAGGGGGAUGAUAACCACAAAAAUGGCAAGAGGGUGACUUUUCCUUCAGAUGAGGAUAUUGUCUCUGGAGCAGUGGAGCCCAAGGACCCUUGGAGACAUGCCCAGAAUGUGACGGUGGAUGAGAUUCUCUCUGCCUACAGACAGGCCUGCGUGAAACUCAACUGUAAACCCAUCCCCAAAGUGCUUAAACAGAUGCAGGAGCUGAAAGACCUAACUCAUCGAAAUGAAUGCCUGGACCUUAAAGGUGAGAAGCUGGACUAUAAGGCGUGUGAGUCCCUGGAGGAGGUGUUCAAGCGGGUCCAGUUUAAAGUGGUGGACCUGGAGCAGACCAACCUGGAUGAAGAUGGUGCGUCCGCUCUCUUUGACAUGAUUGAGUACUAUGAGUCGGCCACACACCUCAACAUUUCCUUCAACAAGCACAUCGGCACCCGCGGCUGGCAGGCCGCAGCCCACAUGAUGAGGAAGACGAGCUCUCUGCAGUACCUGGACGCCCGCAACACACCCCUGCUGGAUCACUCUGCCCCGUUUGUGGCACGGGCGCUCCGCAUCAGCGGCAGUCUUGCUGUGCUGCACCUAGAGAACGCUGGGCUCUCUGGACGACCACUAAUGCUGCUGGCCACGGCUCUGAAGAUGAACAUGAACCUACGGGAGCUGUACUUGGCUGAUAACAAGCUGAACGGCCUGCAGGACUCGGCACAGCUGGGCAACCUGCUCAAGUUCAACUGCAACAUCCAGAUACUGGACCUCCGCAACAACCACAUACUGGACUCUGGUCUGGCCUACGUCUGUGAAGGCCUGAAGGAACAGAGGAAAGGCCUGGUCACUCUGGUGCUCUGGAACAACCAGCUAACGCACAACGGCAUGGGCUACCUCGCAGCUGCACUGUCCUGUACCCAGAGUUUGGAGACCCUAAAUCUGGGCCAUAACUCUGUGGGGAACGAGGGGGUCCACAAGCUGAAGGACGGUCUGAUAGCCAACCGCUCGGUGCUCCGGCUGGGCCUGGCGUCCACCAAGCUGUCUUGCGAGGGUGCCGUGGCGGUGGCUGAGUUCGUCGCCGAGAGCCCCCGGCUGCUGCGUCUGGACCUGAGGGAGAACGAGAUCAAGACAGGGGGCCUCAUGGCCCUCUCCCUGGCCCUCAAAGUCAACACCUCCCUUCUACGCCUCGACCUGGACCGAGAACCCAAGAAAGAGACUGUGAAGAGCUUCAUCGAUACGCAGCGUUCCCUGCUGGCUGAGAUCCAGAACGGCUGCAAGCGGAACUUCAUCCUAGCCAAGGAGAAGGAGGAGACCGAGCAGCAGAUGCAUUCGGCCUCCAUGGCCGAGAUCGCCACCGAGGACAGAACCAUAGAGGAGGACGGAGCUGAUUCCGGCGAGCAUGUUGAUAACGAUGGGAAAGACAGUGAGUGUGAGGGAGGAGAGGAAGGAGUGAAAGACACUGAGCGCCUGACUGAAAGCCAAUUGGCAGCGAGCUCUGAGGGAGUGGUGUUGCCUUUGCUUUUGGAGUCCGACUCGGACACGGACGACGAAGAGGAGGAAGAGGUGGUUCUCUCUAAAGCUCCCUCCGUCUCCCCCGCCCCCAAACACACUGGUCCUUCAGUCCGAGCGGCGACAACUCAGCACCCCCUCAGUUCCUCACAGACGCCCCCCGCCCCCUCUGCCUCACCAGCUACGGGGUCUGUCAUUUCAGGGAUCACCGUCACAGAGUCCACGGGGGCCCCCGGUACGCCCCCCUCGCCGGGCCGCUGUAUCUCUGUGUCGAGCCCCGGGAGGGGCCACAAGAUCUUCAUGGUGACCAGAGUCGAGAGCUUCUCUGACCAGCAACAGGUCCUGGGGGAGAUUGGCCUGACCAAGCCCCAGGUCUCCAAAGAUCCGGUGGUGUCACUAGUGAAGGAAACCACACAGCAACCACAUCCUCCUUCACAACCCCCACAGGAGGAGGUGAGAACACAACCCCAGACCACGCCCACACCACUGACACAGGAGGAGGUGACACAGAGCCAGCCAGAACAGACACAGCCCCAGGCCACGCCCACACCACUGACACAGGAGGAGGUGACACACAGCCUGCCAGAACAGACACAGCCCCAGGCCACGCCCACACCACUGACACAGGAGGAGGUGACACAGAGCCUGCCAGAACAGACACAGCCCCAGACCACGCCGACACCACUGACACAGGAGCUGGUCCAGAGUUCAGACGAACCACAGACGGUCGAUCCUAAACAGACGGAGCAGAGUCCUGUUGCGCCAGAGCUACCCCCUUCAGAGGAGACCGUAGUAGAGACUCCUAAUGACCUGUCGGAGACGCUAGAACUACCAUCCAACCUCCUAACCCAGCCCACAGAGGAGGAAGUGGAGGGCGUUCUAGAACGUUCACAACCUGUACUGGCGGAGCAGAGCCCAUUAACAGCAGCCCAGCCAUCACACUCACCCUCCCUUCCUACAGAAGUAGCAGCAGCAACACUAGCAUCACCCCAACAGACGGAGCAGAUGGUAGAGACAGCUACAGAGCCCCAGCUAGAACAGUCUGCUGUUGAGCAGCAGUCCACUGAAGCUGCGCUGGAAGGAGAGGAGGUGGUGGUUGUGGAAAAGGAGGAGAGUCAGGACCCAGUAGAAGAGACACUUUGUGAACAGGCGGAGUCUCAAACCAACACAGAGGAGGAAGAUGAGAUGCAGUCAGAACGGCUUCCACAGCAGGACCAGAGUCCGGAACAGGCUCGUGACACAGUUCAGCAACCGUUAGCGCCGCAACCGUUAGCACCUCAGCUAGCUACACAGACUAACACGAAGCCCCUGGGGAGUCUGCUUCAAACAGCACCGCUCCAGUCACAGCCUGAAACAGUGCAGCCAGACUCUGAGCUUCUGCCCCCGCAACAGGAACCGGUAGAGACACUUCCAUGGGCACAGCGACAGGUGGCGCCAGAGAGUCCGGCGGAGCAGGGAGCCACGGAGAGUGUAGCAGAAGCGGAACAGGAACUGUAUCUGUCGGAGGAACAGCAGCAACUAGCAAAACAGGCACUUCCUGUGCAGGUGGAACAGCAGCAACAACAACAUCCUGUUCUAGAGGAACUACAGAAGCAGCAGCUUCAACCAGAGGGGCAAUCACAGACCACUCUUCCCGCUGAGCCCUCACCUGUUCCAGCCGAGACAGACACUUCCCUGGAGGUGGAGGGCCGUAGCUCCCCUCCCAAGGCAGAGGAGUCCCCAGACGAGAGCUCCACGGACGAGGGGGAGAGAGUGGAGGAAGUGGUGGGCUCAGCCCUUCCCAACGGCCUGAAGCCAGAGUUCGCCCUUCACCUGCUGGACCCUGAGGGCCCCAAGCCUGGGCCUGGCAGCUGUGUGAUGGAGCACGUGAGUGUCACAGCAGAGCUGAGCUGUGGUCAGGACCUGGAGGAGCUGUUGCUGGAGGCCAGCCUGGAGACUGGAAGAGACGCACCAUAGCUGUGUCAUGUGGUUCUGUAGGAGAGAGGUACACAGGACUCGUAUCGUCUCUGUCUCUGUGACUCGGCUUGUUGCUCCUCCAAUUUGGUUGUUGUUACCACGAACUCCUCACCACCCCCUCUCUAUGAAAACAGAGGACCAGUUGUCAUCUAAGUCAAACAAAAAAUACACAACAAUAAUCAUUGAGCUUCGUCACAGCAUAUAAGGAAUUCACUUCAAUUGAAACGCGCGCACACUGUAUUGUAAAGAAAAAACAAGAAUGGACACUAAGAAAAUCACACUAACCUUUUGCCUGUCACUACAUUCCGUCAAUCAGGAAACCACGCUCAUGCUGGGGGGGGUGGGGUGAGAAAGAGGUUGAGAGGGACGGAGGGGGUUUAUCACUGCGCUAACCAAAGACACAGGACACACACUGCUCACCCACUGCUCCACCCCGACGUGUGUUCUUCAUAGUGUCGUGGGUUUGCACACUGACACAAAACCAUACUAUUGCCCUCUGCUGGACGAAAGAGAGUGUGCACAGCUGUGUGUGACAGUGUGGGACCCAGACAAGAGGACCCACUGGCUUUGUGUGUCAUUCUCUGACAAUGACAGUGGGGAAACGGAGGGUUUUUAUAACCAAGGAAUGUGUGUGUUACAGUUUUAUCUGUCCCCCCCCCCCACCACCUUGUAAGGGAUCUCUGCCAAAGUGACCGUUUUUUCUUUUCUGUUCUCCGUUCGCUUUGGCCCCCUCAGGAAUCGUCCCCUGCAGUGUCUCCAGCAACGCUCUGGAACACCCAAACCAUCUGUCAUCUGCCAAAAGCACACGGUCUCAGUCACAAAUGAUGUUGGGUUUCCUUUAAGAAUCAGAUAGCGGAGUUACUCCAAUCUAAAGCUUUCUGGGAACCUCUGUAAAUGUUGGAUAACAAAAUGUCUGCCUUUGACGGAGUGAUGCCGUUCAUUGCGGAGAAAGUCUACCGUUUUUUUUUCUCUUGUCUUUUUCUCGACUGGACAGUUAUCAGACGUUCUAUUCCAGGUGGAUUUUUUUUGUUUGUCCGACCCAGAGUGAUUAAAUGUAGUGUGACACUCAAUAGGAGUAUAAAUAAAAAGCAGUCCUCCAUCUUUCUUUGUCUUUUGUUGGUACAACACUGUGCCAUCUCAUUUCCCAACUCAACACAGGAUAAAUGUUGCCUUCGACUCGACUAGGUUUAAUUUCAUCUCUUUUUGUUUUACUGCUUGGAGAAAUCAGUCAUUUUGUAUUUAUUUUAUAGUUGUAUGAGCCUUCGUGUGAUUUAUUUUUCUCCCCUUCUCUUCCUCAUUUUAUUAGUUAUUUUCCAUGGGGUUUGCUUCUAAAGAUUUCCCCAUUUUUGGUGUAUAUUUCAGAUUCAAAUUAGAGCAAUUAUUACGUUUAUUUUUAUUUUUUGGGGGGUGGGGGUAUGGGGUAGAUGAGAGUAUGCUGGGUGGCGGGAUCAACGGAUAUGGCAAUAGGGAGGGGGGGGGGGAAGAGUGCAGUUGUGAAAAUGAACGUUUUCCUAAGGAGGAUGGUUCACAUCACUCUGAUAAAACGCUGACUGAGAGAUUUCCUGUGUUGAAACUGUACAUCUUAAACAGCGCUGUGCUAAAACCACCAGGGAGCGCUGGGGAUAUUGGUGUUUUCCUUGUAGGCCAGGAGGACAUUGAUAUAAACAGGUGGGUGAACGUUUGAGUGAACACAGGGGUCCCUCUGUCUUAUACCAUCUUGGGACAUAUGUGAGCCUGAAUGCCCAACACUGUGAACCUAUGGCCCAGGUACCAAGGGCCCUAUUUAACCGGUAUCUAGAAGGUUCCAGGGUAAGGCAAAAAGGUGCUUUCUUACAGUGCAAGAAGAGUACAGGUUUGUCUCAGCUGCGGAAUCCUCUGGAUAUAGGUUUUGGUUGAAUAGAGCCCCUUGUCUCAAUCCCACUGUUCUGUCUCCCCUGGUCAACCAGGUUGUUUCUCAGCCCAGGUAAUCAUGUCUGUGCUGCCCCCGCUGUUUGUAAUGCUUUAAUUUUUAGUAAUUUUUAAUUAUUUGUUAAAUUAAUUCGAAAUGCUGGUAAUCACAGAUAUGUAUGGCAAAACAUUUUUGUUCCUCUCUCAAAUAAAUGCAUGUACUGACUAA